CCAUUCUCGAAAAAUUUAAUGCAGGCUUGCCAGAAUGGGAUGUGCUUGAAGUGCCAGAUAAUUUCUGCAUUGCAUGAACUCACCUUGAAUCUCCUCGCUUCUUCUCAAUUAUUAUGCAGCAGGUGUAUUAUUGCCCAAAUUUAUUAGAUCUAUAUUUUGUUUCUCUAAUCAAAGUACAAAUAAUUCUCAUACAGUUUUUGACUAGUUUCGACGCAAUUUGAUACUUUUUGCUUCAGCAAAAUGAAGGCCGAGAAUUUUAGUUGAUGUAAAAAUUGACAUUAGCCUAUCUGGGAAAAAUCAACUAAGGACUGCCAAGGAGGAAAACAUCCCCCUAGUGUUAAAGGAAAUCAGGGAAGAAUUAGUCCGAAAACUAAAAAAAGUAACGGGCGAAAAGAAGGCAAAACUAAGCAAGACAACACGGGCACAACAGGAACAAGAGUCAGCUCCAGCCUAACUCUAACUGUUCUGGACAUCAACGUUUAUUCUUAGAACACAAAGGAAUGGCCACUUGGACUUUUCGUUUCAAAUCAUGCUAAGUUAUUGCCCCAGACCAUAGUCACUCACUGGUCCUGAUUUCAAAGUCUUGUCAUUUUCAUUUGCCAUUGUCACUGUGAAAAACUGAACUUCAACAGCACAAGACGUUUACUAAAUGAAUACAGAUAAAGGUAGAACUAACCUUUUACGGAAUGUCGGGCUUUAUAAAGAGACGAAGUGGAUUUUACAAGAAUUCUCAUCAAACAUACAGGGAUGGUAACCAGCCAUGGGUUAACGAAUAUGGAGGGAGACAAAAACAAGAAAGAAGGUCAGGCAAGAAACAAACUGUGCUCAAACCAGAAGCAAAGCAGUCAAGGUGCUAGUCCCACCCAGGGCUUGAGUACUCAGCCCAGUAAUCAUGGGGCCAAUGGCGGUGCAACGGCUAGCAGUGGUGGUGCAGCUCUAGCGUGUGCUGAAUUUCUACCCAGCUCUCAGCCGGCAUCACCAUCUCACGACCGGAGUGAUCCAGUCCCUUCACCUCGAGAACAUAUGGUGUCCAUGCAGACAUCGGCUCCCCCACGAGAUCACCGACACUCGCUGAAUGGUGUGGGUCCUGCUAACAGCGCCACUCUGGCAGGCUCACCGGUGAAUGCAGUUGUCAAGGCAUCGAGCACGGGUACUCUGUCGUCGUCACCUCCUCGCUACCACGUCCCGUACUUGCACACCAACAAGAGAGAUUCGAUGGCUGCGGCAGAUUUCUUGACCACGUUUCCAAGUAUGACCGGAAGUGGACCAUGUCUAGGGAACAACAGUUUGCUACUAGGUACCACCUGCAGUGCCAACUCCAUCAAAACUGCGAAUGGAGGAUCAGAUGCUGAGUCUUUGCCAAGUACUCAGUUUUUGUUUCCUCCUUUGGUUUCCUCACCAUUGAGUUCAACGCCUCCACAGAAUCAAAACCAAGCUUCCUAUAACUGGCAAGCCACAAAGACCAGCGUGAAAGACAGGCUCACUUACUUGUACAACACUGAUACAAUGACAGACAUUCAGUUUCAGGUUGGAAAACCACCAGCUCAUCAGCUUAUUUCUGCUCACAAGUUUGUUCUGUCGAUCGGCAGUGCUGUUUUUGAUGCCUUGUUCAACGGUCGACUGGCUACAAGUGAAAGUGUGAUAGACAUCCCUGAUGUAGAACCAGCGGCUUUUGCUGCUCUCCUCAGGUUUCUGUACACAGAUGAGGUUCAGAUUGGCCCAGAGACUGUGAUGACCACGCUGUACACGGCAAAGAAGUAUGCGGUUCCUGCUUUAGAGAGGGCUUGUGUGGAGUUCCUCAAGCGCAAUCUCAGUCCCGACAACGCAUUUAUGCUGCUGACACAGGCUCGCUUGUUCGACGAACCCCAGCUGGCAGCAUUGUGUCUGGAGACGAUUGACAAGAACACUAGUGAGGCUCUGGCCGCUGAUGGCUUCACCGAUAUUGAUCUCGACACUCUCUGUGUUGUCCUGGAGAGAGACACUCUGGGCAUCCGAGAAUGUAAGCUGUUCUCAGCUGUGUGCAGAUGGGCAGAGGCAGAGUGUGUGAGGCAGAACUUUCCCCUGACAAGUGAAAAUCAGAGACAUGUGUUAGCCCGUGCGUUGCGUCUGAUUCGCUUUCCCCUGAUGACGGUGGAAGAGUUUGCCAUGGGCUCGGCACAGAGUGGCAUCCUAGAGGACCGGGAAGUGGUGGAGCUUUUUCUCUACUUCACGGUGAACCCCAAGCCCAGCAUCAGCUUCCUGGAUGUGCCACGGUGCUGCCUGACGGGCAAGGAGCAGGUGGUGUCGCGCUUCUGCCAGAUUGAGAGUCGGUGGGGCUACAGCGGCACAAGUGACAGGAUCAGGUUUAUGGUGAAUCGCAGAAUUUUUGUUGUUGGCUUUGGGUUGUAUGGAAGUAUCCAUGGUCCCACUGAGUAUGCGGUCAAUAUACAGAUAAUCCACAUGGACUCUACAAAAGUGAUCGGCUCCAAUGACCCGACUUUUCAGUGUGAUGGCACGACCUCAACCUUCAGGGUGAUGUUUAAAGAACCAGUGGAGAUUCUACCCAACACCAGCUACAUUGCCUGUGCCACCCUGAAGGGUCCGGAUUCAUACUAUGGCUCAAAGGGUCUACGCAAAGUUACGCAUGAGUCUGUUUCCAGUGGGAAAGUUACAUUUCAGUUCACCUACGCAGCUGGAAAUAAUAAUGGUACCUCAGUAGAAGAUGGACAGAUCCCGGAAAUAAUAUUCUACACUUGAACACAGUGAUGUUUAUCAGACUAUAAUGAUCAAAAUAAAAUUUAUUAACUCAUAACCAUUCUAGUAUUAUGGCAGUCAAGUGUAAUUGAGAUUAUAAAUAUUUACAGAAACACACAUUACAUUACUUGAUUCUUUGGUUUAGACUCUAUAUAGAGUUCAUUUGAGUAGGAAUUGGUGGUCAAUGUCUAAAAUGAGAUUCCGUUUGUAGAACGGUCUUUUUUUCUGCAGAAAUCAUUUUCCUACUUUUCACUAGAAGUUUGGUGGUGUAUUACUGGCCGGGCUCUAACCAUGGGUGAUGUUGUUCUAAAACAUUCUGUCUUCACUUUUCAGUUUGCAAAGUAAGGACAAAUAUGGUCCAAUUUUCGUGGACUUGCAAUUUUUUUUUAGAAAGUCUGAUGGUUCGAUCACUCGUUUUUUUUGUUUUUUCGUUUUUUUUCCCCCUGUCGAAUAGGGAGAGUUACAUGACUGGAUUUAUGAAUUACCAGGUAGCUGGUGGAAUUUCUCUAAAACAUUGUAGGGUUUUCAUCAUACAGUAUUUGCUGUAUCUUUCCGAUAAUGCAACCAGAACAAAAAUUAUUGUUUUCCCAGUGUCUAGCUCUCUGUGAUGUGGAGGCAUAGAUCUUGAUAAAACAAAACAUAACCUUCG